AUGGCUAGUUCAGCAUACUCCAAUGGACCACGGCGUCCAAGCGGAUCACUCGAACAGGCAGCAGAGCAGACGAGCACCAACUCGACGACACCUCAAUCGCCGUCUCAAACGUCGAUAUCUAGUUCGAUUGACACCUUUACGACCAACAGAGACGCUGUGAUCUGUGCUACGCAUUUUGGCAUUGAGCUUGAAUUUGUUCUGGCCUUUAGGGAGGAUCGAUUGAAAUCUAUCAUAUCAGAAUACAAUCUGGAUGCGGACGUCAUUAGAACUCUCGCAGACUAUGAACAUCGCUCCCUUAUUGAACACGACCAUAUGGGCACGAAUCCUUCCUACGAAUGCCGAUGGAGACACCCGUCAUGGGCACUCCACGUCCCGGAGACGGACAUAGUGUGCACCUCGAACCUCCACAAGGGCAUGUUUUUCAACAAGGUGGAAAAGGGGAAGCAAUGGGUGCGACGAUAUGUCGUAGAACCACUUCUCAUCGCUCAAGACCGCCUUGGAAAACAGGGACUCCCAUCCAACGUUGUGGGAUGGCUAGAACCUGACCCAAACAAUCGACACUGUCCCGAGGCCGCAAAGAUCCUGCUACCGAACCACGAUUGCACUGACGAAAGAGUCGUACUCCGAAAGAGUAUGAUAGACUACACAGAGUGGACUUUGACCAACGAUCAUACUGUCAUUGGAGUGCUUCGAAGCCAACUCCGAGAACACCUGUUGGCUCGAGGAUUUACGCAGGAUGAUGUUCCGAAGUGGGAUAGCUAUGGAAUGGAAAUGAUCUCGCCAGUUUUUGAACUUGGGAGAAAAACGGAAGCUUUUUCUCAAGUCGGAAAGUAUCUAAGAGCUCUAAUCUCGACGGAAACUUCAAUUCUCGAGUCUGUAUGGGCUAGUGCACAUGUGCACAUCGGCUUCAACUUCUCGCACCCUGAUCAAAUGCCCAUAUUAUUGCUUCAACAUCUGGCAUACAUCCUCGUCCUACACGAGGACCUCUUGUCGAAAUGCCACCCUCGGAGUCGCUGUGGCAUUCGACUUUUGGACUCGAUUUCCGAAGAAGCGGAAGUCGAAGACGCCAGCGACGAUGAAGAGUUUGACCCUGAUGCCCCUUACGAGCCACCGCCCCAGCCGUCCGAAGACGAGCUAGAAGAGUGCAACGAACGAGUGGUGGUCGCUUUCGAGGCCAAGUACACUGGAGCCGAUAAUGUCAGCUCUAACGCUCGGUAUCUACGAAAGCAACUUUCACAGAAAUCCAUACAAUGCACAACCGGAGCGAUCAGAGAUGCCAUCUUCAAACAAGACGGCAAUAUCUUUGAUCUGGUGGGUCUCUUACAACAAAACGAUGAACACGGCAAUCCAUGUCGGGGCUACAUGUACAACUUUGCGAAUCUGGUUAAUCUAGCACGCAAUAUGACGACUUGGAAGCAAAUUAAGCCGACAGUCGAAUUUCGGCAGCAUGCGUGCACGUUGGAUGCAGGUGAGUUGAAUCGAUGGGUGACGCUAUUGGAAAGGAUUGUCCGUGUGGCAGAAGAGAAUGCACAAGCAACAAUGCAGUCUGAUCCCACCCAACCUACAGACCCGGAACUGCGGAGUUCUUUUGCGGACAGGGAAGGCAGCAAAUAUCCCUCGAGCUCGACAGCAGGUACGCAGUGGCCCUGCAGGAGCAUGAGUGGGUUUUGUGUCGAGUUUUUGGGCAUGAACUCGGAGGACGGGCAGUAUUGGCAACAGAGGUUUGAGAGAUACAAGGAUGACAGGCCCGAGUAUGAUGAUGAUGAUUGA